AUUAAAAAGAACAACAUAGUAGUGGAGUCUAUGACACAUACUGGAAUUGACCUUGACAUUCUAAAACAAAAGGUCAAGGGCAUUGUCAAUCUCAGAAAGGAGCAGUAUGAAGUUGCCAAUGUAACAGAAUCAGAAUUAAUGAGAACAAAAUUGGCUUUCUCAUUUUAUCUAUCUAAAGAGAUGGGAUAUAAACAGAAAGAAAAGUUUGAACAAGACAUUAAAGCAUCUUGGAUAAAGAAAAUGAAAGGUUCCUUAACAUCUAACAACACAGAAGUUACAGUUAACAGAUAUACCAAGUAUAUUGACAUAGCAACAAAGAAGACAGUUUGGAAAGUUGAUUAUUAUUUGAAAAAAGAUGGCUCUCUAGUUGAUCCUUCAGUGACAUCUAUGUUGACUGACCUUCAUUUGAACUUUACUGAUGCCAGUGGUCAUAGCUAUACCAUUCUUCAACCGACCAAUGUUGUUGAAAGCAAAAUGGGAUACAAGAUCUUUAUAAAUAGAGAAGUUAGAAUAAAAGACAUAGACAAAAUGAAAUCUGUUCUUGUGAGAUGGUGGAAGUCUACAAAUAACAUUGAUAAUAAAACUGUUGUACAUGUAGAUAUUCCUGAACAGACACAAGUUUUAAGUGGCAACAAGAAAUACACCAUGUUAAGCAUAUUUGUCAAGAAAGAAAAAACUUAUGUUGAUUCUGGAGAGACUAAGGACGUGAAUCCAACAAAGAUACAAUCUUUGAUUGAUUUUAAUGGUGUCAACAAUGCCAAGUAUACCGUACAUACAGUGACAAAUUACAAGAGAUUAGAUACUGCUUUCUCUAUGUACCUCAGCAAAGCCAUCAAAAGAACGGAAGUUACCUCAGUCAUAAAUGAGAUCAAAAAGACUUGGAAGGAAAAAGUUUUUACAGAUACCAAGUUGAAUGUUAGUGUCGUGAUUGGAAGUCAGGAUUGGUAUUUGUAUAAAUCAUUGUCUAAGAAGAAAGUAAGCAAAAUAAGCUAUUACCUUACUGUUGAUGGUAAAGCAAUUCAUCCUGACCAGGUACCAGAACAAGACAUUAAGGUACCAGGUAGAAUUUCACCUGGACCAGGUUUAUACAGUUACAAUAGUCUUUUCCAUGUAGAUUUUACAUUACCAGUACUCAAAACAGACAUCAUCAAUAUGGAGAAAGGACUUAAGGCAGCAUGGGGUGUGUUUAGAACAGAUUUGAAACAGACCAAAACAGAAAUAGUUCAUCAAGAAGAAAUGAUUUCAAGUACUGGGGUAUCAUUGUGGAGAAUAUGGUAUAGAAUUACAUCAAACAAUACAACAGUUAGUCCAGUCCAAGAAGAUAGUGUAACAAGUAGCACUUUACAAACAAAGUUAAAUGUAACUAGGACAGGAAGUAGUAUGCUUCAAUAUGGGAAAUUAGUCAAGACCACAACAGAAUCUGUAUUUGAAUAUGAUAAUUUGUUGAAAAUACAUUUUAUGCAGAGAAUUGCAAAUUCAGACCAUACCAAAGUGGGAGCUAAGCUUCUUGUGUUAUGGAAGAAAAAAAUAGGUACAAAGGUAAAGAGUGUUGAAGUUUUGAAGCAAGAAGAAACAAUUUAUAGUACCAGUAACACACUUUGGGAGCUUUCAUACCACAUAACAACAUCAGAUGGUACAAUAGUAAACAGUCAGUAUGAUGCUACUCCAUCGUUUAAGGAAUACAACACCAUGGGCGCUGUCUCUAAUCCACUAUCAGAGCCAUAUUUUAUUAUGAAUGUGGAUGCUCAUCAAACUUGCAGAUUAACCCAGGCUUUUAAAGUGAUGCUCAACAGAAGAAUUUAUAAUGUGGAUAGAGAGAAAUUUGAAAGUGUUGUUAAACAGACUUUAGCAAAGAAACUUAAAGCUUCCAAUGUUAGUGAUAUUACACUAGUAGUGUUCAACGAACAGAAAGUUGUUACAAUAGUAUCAAAUUCAAGCAAAACAGUAUGGAGAUAUAAUUACAUUGUAAAUGUCAGUGGAACUAUAUUGAAUGCUGCAGAGGAAGGGGGCAUAACUAAGCAACAUCUACAGCAGGAAAUCAACUUUACUUCACCACGGCAACAAGAGUACACAGUUAUGGAAUAUGACAUCAGUACUGUGUCAUACUCAGAUUUAUUUCGAGUUCAUUUCUUUGGAAUCGUUCCUAAUGAUAAAAAGUCAUCUUUGAUGAACCAUGUAAAGUUAUACUGGGAAAAUGUAACAGCUUACAGCAAUAUAGAGUUGUCUUCAGUAUCAAGAGAAGAUACCUUUGAGAAUAUUACUGGAAAAUCAUUGACAACAUUCACGUUUAUUGUUACUGCUGGUGGAAAUAUGAUGUACCCUUCUCUGACCAAACGUGUUGUUUACAAUAACAUGGUCGUACCUGAGGUACAGGUGUUCCCAGGGUUUACAGGUGUGACCAGGUACAGUUGGUGUUUCAAGUUGGUACUGCAGUCUCAACAUAAACCAAUCAACAAGACCGUUAUAAAGACACUUCUGGAAAAUGCUUGGAAUGCCUCAAAACAGGGAUACUUGGUACGUGUAAUAUCAAUAGAACAAUCUGUAGGUGACCUUGGUAUUCAUUUGACCUCUGUCCUGUAUGGUGCCCAGAAUAUAAGAGAAGGGACAGUACAUCCGGACAUGGUGGUGGAACCAGAUACCAAAAUAAUGAGGAAAGAGGCAGAAAAGCUGAAAAUUCAGGGGAAACAAUAUUCUGCAGCAGAAUAUAGAAUUAAUACAUUGUUUACUGCCAGUGUCAGAUAUGAGAAUACAAUGACAGUUGCUGAUAAUCAGAAUGUGGAGAAUAUGCUGAAUCAUGCUGUUGCAAAUACAACAAAAGAUCAAUUACAGAGUAUUAAAACACAUGUAUUACUGAAAAAGGACUAUGUAUCCUCUUCUAACACCAGUGUAAAGAUUGCAAAGCUAUACUUUAAACUAGAAAUAAAUAACACUACUAGAAAACUAUGGGAGACAUCAUUAGCCACACUGAAAUAUAAGCUGGACAAUCAGCUAGACCCCAAGGUACAGACAGAUACCACAAGUAUCCCACAGAGGAAGGUUUACGUCUUAUACCUCAAGGGGAAGGUCCAGAAAACUGAAAAACAUCUGCUGUCUGCUUUGGAAAAUAAUUGGAUGGCUGUUGCACUAAAUAAACCAGUUGUAAUUAAAGUUAUUGAUACCAUCCUAUAUGUAGAUGCCAGUUGGAAUAUAGUGACUAAAGUGAGAUAUAUAGUUAGUAUCAAUGAUACAGACCCAGAAUCAAAAGGCAUUAACCCUCCAAAAUAUACUGCUCUAAAUGUUAACCUGACACAAUGUGGCUGUAGUGCUACUAGUCUGAAGAAACAUUAUGUAUACUCUAAAACUAUCAACUCGACUCGAGUUAGAACUGCUAUUAGUACAGUCUGGAAUGGUGCCAACAAAGGACUGUGCAGUACAGCAUUAUCUGUUAGAGUAAAACAACAGUCCAGGAGACAGAAGAGAGAUACUCAUACAUCUCAUAAACUGGUGGAUGGAAAUGGAAAGGAAGUUACUCCUAUGGAGUAUACAGUGGCAGUUGAAGAUGAAGAACCCCAGCCAUUAUUUGUGAAUAUACCAAGUAAUAAUGACAUUAAAGCACCAUUAAAACAGGCAGGAUCAGAACCUUGUCUAUGUAAACCAAAACUGGCAGGAUCUCUACAACUGGAUGGUCAAACACAGGAUGCAGAUAAACCAAAAAUUGUAGAUGCCAUCAAAGAUGCAUUUGUCAAAGAAAAUCCGGAUGUGACAAAACCAGACUUAGAUGUGACUGUGACUGGUAUUAACAAUAAAGCUAAAGACAAAGAUGGAAAUCCUGUGUCAGAAGUAAGCUAUAGAGUGGGACGUAAGAGUGAUGAUGUAGAAGACUUAAAAUCUCCGUCUACAGCACAUCUACAACAGUCUCUAGCAACAGCAGGGAAAACUUUACAUUCUAGAGCACCUAAAGAUGAGGAUGAAGAUAAGAAAUGGACAUUACCAUUAGCUAUAGCACUGGGAAUAUUGGCUGCCGUCAUAGUUAUUGCUAUAAUUUGUUGUUGUAUACAUAAGAGAAGACACAGAAAGAGAGAGGAUUUAGUGAAAAGAGAACACAAUGUGAAGAAAAACAAUUCUUAUGAUCAGGAACAUUUCAGUGAUCCAGCAGCUUAUGAUAAUACUGCCUAUGAAGGACAUGAUUUCCAAAAAGUCUCUUUGUAAUAGACAUAUCAAUAUGUAAAGGAUAUAGAUCUAUCAUUCAGUUCCAUCAUUGUAAUAAUUCACACAUUUUACAUGUAUUGGAUAUACAUUUCUCAUUUAGCUCUGUAUAGUAAUGGGAAUAUUAACAUGUGAACGAUAGACAUUUCUCAUUUAGUUCUGUAUAGUAAUGGAUAUUUUAACAUGUGAAAGAUAGACAUUUCUCAUUUAGUUCUGUAUAGUAAUGGAUAUUUUAACAUGUGAACGAUAGACAUUUCUCAUUUAGCUCCACCAUUGAUCAUAAUAUAAACCCCAUUAAGUACAUUGAGAGUUUGUUUAAAGAUAUGACAUUAUAUUUGGAAGUAGACAUGAUUGUUGUUGCAUGGUUUCACAUAUCUGUUAAAACUAUCAUGAAUGAUCGGUAAAAUGGAAUCAUAUUUUUUCUUAUCAUUGUAUUAUUUUGAGAUGGCCAUAAACAUGCACAACUAUUUUAAGCAUACUGGCUUAUCAGACUUUCUUCAAAUGUCCAGCUCUUGACUGUCCAUCUGUCCCAAAGUAUGUGCCAAUGGACAAUUAAUAAAGAAAGAAUCUCGGAAAACACAGGUACAAUUUAAACCAAAGCUUGAACUAAAACUGAAUCAUCUUUAGAGCUUUGCUUUAUAUACUUGUCCAACCAAUACGGUUACCAAUAUCAUUAUCAUCAUUUACCUUUUAUUUAGUAAAUAUUCAGUUAUGAGCAGAAUGGAUUCAUUGUGUAUUUCAGAUGAAGAACUGCAGUAUAAGUAUUUAAGGUUUUACUGUGGGGUAUGCUAAAAAAGACAAGUGCUUUUUGUCAAUCUUUAUUUUUCACUUGUUUGAUCUUAUGUGGUAGGAAGAUAUAUUUAAUACCUCUAAUGGUUGAUUAGUGCUGAUACACUUUUGGCUUUAUUUUUUUAUACUAUAUAUAGAUAUGAUGUAAAUAUAUGAGUAUUAUGACCCUCAUUGAUUUGAAGUUAUUCAGGAAUCUUGACAGGAAAAUUUUCUGAAUACAAACUUUUACUGUUCUAUGAAUUGAUGCAAUACGUUUGAUGCUCUAUGUGGCAUUUCUCUUUAGGAAUAAGGUCAAAUUUUGAAAUAAUAUUGACCACACAGUGGCGGAUCCAGAAAUUUUCAUAAGUGGGGGCCCACUAACUAACCUAAGAGGGGGCCCGCUCCGGUCACGCUUCAGUGAUUCCCUAUUUAAGCAACCAAAUUUUUUCCCAAAAAGGGGGGGCCUGGGCCCCCCCCCUCCCUAAAUCCGCCUCUGCCACAAAAUCCUGUUUGACAAUUUUAACAUUUAAAGUUUGUCCUUAAGGGCUUUACAGUGGUUUGGUGGGGUAACAUAUGAGUACAAUCUUCCUAAAUACAUGUAUUGAAAAGUCAAGAUUUGUACACCUUACGGAAUAUUGUUUCAAAACUUGAGACACGAUAUAAAUGUACUGAUAUGUGAUAUUAUUCUUUUUAUUUUUUAAACAGGGUGAUAUUUUUUACAUGUUUUUCUCCAUUCUGUUUUAUAUGACAAAUGUCAUUUUGUUAAUUCUUUUUAUUUAUAAUUUUCUGAAUUAUAUGAUUUGCCUACGGUUUUUUUUCCAAAUCAAAAAGAAACUGAUAAGAUAAAAAAUCAAAAUGUUUUUUAUGCUUUAAAGAUCUGAAGUGAACAGGAGAGAGAUAAAACGUUGUAAAUUUUUAAUUUGUACGAGUACUAAAUACUUUGAAAGGAAUGCUUAAAAACAGUUAUAUAUAAAUAAAGCAAACCUAACUAAAAUACUAAUGAUUUAUUUAGAAAAAUCACUAGAUUUAGUAAAAAAUAAAAAGUUGUCCACAUAUACAUACUGUAUAUAAAUGUAUUUAUUUGAAAUUAUUUUUAUACAAAUAUAUGUGUAGUACUAAUAAAUACUUAUUUUUUGUA